AUGGCUCGUGACGGCAGCGGCAUGUUGUCCUUGCUCGCCAUCUGCAUGUGCCUGUGCGCGCUGAGCAGCCAGCUGAGCUUUGUGAACUCGCCCGUCGCGAAUCGCGAGGUCAACGUGGCUGCAGCUGCGGCGGUGAAGUACGAAACGGACAUGCCUGCUGAGAGCGGCGUCUACCCCGUGGGCAACGCCAAGCGGACGGCACCCUAUGGCGAGCGCGACCCCCUGCCGGAGGGUUACGGCAUCCGCACUGGCCUGUCGGACUUGCUGAAGCCCCUGAAUGCGGAGGCAGGCGUUGUUGCGAAGGAGGACAGCAUCCCGACCGUCUUGGUCAUGGUGACUGGCAUCGUCCUGCUUUUCCUGUUCUACUUGCUGCUGUUGCUACUCGACAACCAGUCCGUUCUGCUGCCGCCGGAGGAUGAGUUCGACGAGUACGUGCAGUCCUUCGUCGCUGUGGUCGUUGGUUGCCUGAGCACAUGGGCCGUGUGCCAGUGCUUUGUGAGCUCGCCCGUCGCGAAUCGCGAGGUCAAUGUGGCCGCAGCUGCGGCAGUGAAGUACGAAACGGACAUGCCUGCUGAGAACGGCGUCUACCCCGUGGGCAACGCCAAGCGGACGGCGCCCUAUGGCGAGCGCGACCCCCUGCCGGAGGGUUACGGCAUCCGCACUGGCCUGUCGGACUUGCUGAAGCCCCUGAAUGCGGAGGCAGGCGUCGUUGCGAAGGAGGACAGCAUCCCGACCGUCUUGGUCAUGGUGACUGGCAUCGUCCUGCUUUUCCUGUUCUACUUGCUGCUGUUGCUCCUCGACAACCAGUCCGUUCUGCUGCCGCCGGAGGAUGAGUUCGACGAGUACGUGCAGAACUUCCUCCCCUACUUCUUCUUCGGUGAGAAGUGA